AUGGAUUUUCUCCUUGAAAAUCUGAAGGAACUAGAAAAUUGUAGUGAGACUGAUGAUUCAAUUGCAUUCCCGAAAGAUCAAAUCCACACAGUCCUAGAAGAUCUCAUAUUCUUAAGAUCUUUCCUUGUCAAGAUAGCAGACCAGCGCAACCGGAAUGGAAAACUCCAAGCUCUUUGGAGUCGUGUUAUGGAGGUUGCGCACAGGGCAGAGUUUGUCAUUGACUCUAUCGUGGUUGGUGAUAAACAUGAAUAUUUGGAAAGAGUUGCUAGAGAUAUCCAGCUUUUGAGGACUGAGGCCCUUGAAACCUAUGAUAGCACGAUGCAUGACUGUGGAGCUCAGAGAACUACCCAGAAAUCUUUCCGCAUUGAAUCAAAAUGUCGCACCCCAAUGUUGAAUGAAGUUCUGGUGGGUCUUGAUGAUGAGGUAAAGGCAAUUAUUCAUAGUCUUAUCAGGGGUUCAAAGCUGUUGGAUUUUGUUUCAAUUGUGGGUAUGGCUGGACUUGGCAAGACGACAUUGGCCAAUAGAGUUUACAAUGAUCCAUUAAUUUUGAGUCACUUUUAUAUUCGUGCUUGGUGUACUGUUUCUCAAGUGUAUAGCAUGCACAGUUUGUUAGUUCAGCUUUUAUGCAGUAUUUCUUCUAGAAGUCCUGAUGAAUAUCUUGAGAUGGAUGAAAGUGAUUUGGCUCCCAAACUGUUCAAGCUUUUAAAGAGAAAUAGGUAUCUCAUUUUUUUGGAUGAUGUGUGGGAGAUCAAGGCAUGGAAUUUGCUGGAGAGAGCAUUACCCGAUGAUGCCAAUGGAAGUAGGAUUCUCUUCACCAGCAGAAUUCGAUUGCAAUUCAAACCAGAUAGCAUGGCUCACCAUCUCCGCCACCUUACUGACGAAGAGAGUUGUAAAUUGCUGCAGAAAAAGGUAUUUGGAAAAGAAGGUUUUCCUCCGACACUAGGUAAAGUUGGAUUUCAAAUAGCAAAAUUAUGUAGGGGCUUACCUCUCACAGUUGUCCUCGCUGCUGGAAUUCUUGCUAAUACUGCAGAAGACUGCUGGGAAGAAGUUGCAAAGAGUCUAACUUCCAGUAUUGUCCUUGAUGAUGAAUACUGCAUGAUGACGCUUGAGCUGAGUUACAGUCAUUUAUCGGAUGAUUUGAAGCCAUGUCUUCUUUACUUUGGUGCAUAUAAAGAAGAUGAAAAUGUUCCUGUCCGAAGGUUGUUAUGGCUCUGGAUCUCUGAAGGCUUCGUGCGAAAGACUGAAGAAAAGAGUUUAGAGGAUGCGGCAAAUGACUAUUUGAGGGAUCUGGUUGAUAGAAGUUUAGUCAUGGUUUCUGAACAAAGAACCAUGGGUGGUGCCAAAGCCUGCCGACUUCAUGAUUUGGUACAUGAGUUUUGUGUGAAAAUAGCCAAAGAAGAAAACUUUCUACAUGUUAUUCUUACUGGCACAAGCAACCCCCUCCGAAUUUGCUAUCGAAAUGCCAGGAAUUUGAUGAUUCGGGAGUCAAUGCUAGAAUUACCCAUUGCACGCAGGUUGUUAUCGUUUAAGGAGGAUGAUUUGGGGUUUUGGUUACCUGAACUUCUUAGAGUGUUGGAUUUGGGGGAAUUGGUGUUUCAUGGAUAUUUUCCUAUGGGAGUAUUUUUGCUUGCUCACUUGAGAUACUUGGCCCUUCGUACUCUCGGAGUAACUUUCAUCCCAGCUGCAAUAGCUAACCUCUCAAGGUUACAAACUUUUCUGCUACGAGGAAACGGCGAAGAUUGUUUGUUACCCAAGACUAUCUGGAACAUUAAGACAUUGAGGCAUCUAUGGAUUGCAGAUUCCUAUGCUGGUUUUAUUUUUCCUGUUGAAAAUCUUGAAGUAUACCCAGGUUUAGAUCAUUUAGACACUUUAAGCCUUGCCAUUGAUCCCUCCUCUCAAAGCUUGCAAAAGAUACUGACAAAGUUACCAAACAUCCGCAGGCUAAGAUGUAAGAUGACGGAAUCAAGAGAAGAAGCUACCAGAAUUGGCAACGGGUUUCUCUGGUUUGACUGUUUGAGUCAACUAGAGUCACUUACUCUGCUUUACUUUGACAUAUAUGGAAUUAAAUUCCCUUUGAAUUUGAAGAAGUUGACUUUCGUUUACAAUAAGCAGCCAUGGAGUGAAAUCCCAACAAUUGGAAAGUUGCCCAAACUUGAAGUGCUUAAAUUAGUCGGUUGCUCCUUCUUAGAAUGGGAAAUGAAAGAAGGGGAGUUCCCUAGCCUCCGCGUCUUGAUAUUGAGAGAAUGGUUGGACUUUCGCAGAUGGACUGCAUCUUCUGAUAAUUUUCCCCGGCUUGAGAAAUUGGUUGUCCACUGGUGUACAGAGUUGGAAGAGGUGCCUUCUUGCUUAGGGGAAUGUCCGACUCUUGAAAUGAUUGAGGUGAAACGAUGUAGCGAGUCUCUUGCAAAUUCAGUGAAGCAAAUUCAACAAGAACAGAGAGAUAUGGGAAAUGAGGCUCUAAAGAUCUUAAUUGAAGGUUGUGUUGAUGCGCGGAGUUCCAGCGAAGAAGAAGAAGAAUCAGAGUGCGGUUCCUCAGAAACAGAGCCAAUCUCCUCAGAAGAAGAAUCAGAGUCCAGCGAAGAAGAAGAAGAAUCAGAGUCCAGUUCCUCAGAAACAGAGUCAAUCUCCUUUCCACCAAAAAAAAAACAAAAAAAAGAGUCAAUCUCCUCACAAGGAGUCUAA